UCGGAGUAGCGACGCGCGCGGACGUUCCGUACUCUCACCCUUAAUAAAACGAGACACACAUAGACAAGUUACAGAGUAGAGCAGGACAACAGGCAGUUUUCAACAGGUUUAGCACUUGAAGAAAUAUGUGCUACUUUAGCAUAGUCAUAAUAAUAUUCGAGUACCGAGACGUGUGAAUAAACAACAAUCACUAUGACUUUAAGGAUUCCAAAGCAGUUACUCCUUUUCCUGUCCUAUGCGCUGGUUACAGUUGCCGGUAUGGAAGACGUAUGGGUGGAGCUGCGAGCUCCAAGGUUUGUCGUACAUGGUCACAGUGCUGUGUUUAGAUGUGAGCAUAACGUCGACCCUCAAACACUCUACAAGGUGGUGUUUUUUAAGAGCGGUCAGAGGAUAAUGCAGUACGUACAAGGACGAGACCCACAGUUUGAACGAUAUAACUUCACAGGAGCAGAUAUAAAUCUACUGACAAUGACCCCAACAUCAAUAACUCUGGAGAAGAUGGAUUUUCCAGCUUCCGGUCCCUACGCCUGCGAAAUUGCAUUAGAAAUACCGCUGUAUUCAAAAGCCUCGAAAAUACACGAAGUGAGCGUGAUUGUACGACAGAAAUAUCGGCCAAAAAUAAAAAUCAAACACAAAAAGCUAUCCUCUAGUAACGAUCUGGAAGCCACAUGUCAAAGCGGACCUGCUUACCCCGCACCCCACCUUACCUGGCUCAUAAAUAAUGUUAAGGUCGAUGAAAGGUUGACUAUUCCUCAUGGUACAGUCAACGUACAUCGCCACCACCAUGGAAUGCCCUUAUCUGUAACAAACUCUUCACUCCGGUUUCCAUUAACAAGUCUGCAGCUUCACCCGAACCAAACUGUUGAUAUCACCUGCUUGAGUACUAUCCCUAGCUAUCCUAGUACAGGAGAGGGCUUUGCGGACGUUCAAAAUCACACUGUAACAGUAAACGUUAUACGUAUGGAACCUGCACCCGUGCCAACACAAUUGCCGGUGAAAAUAAUAAGUGCUGAACAAAAUCGAUCCACUUACUUGAAGAUUGGUAAUUAUUGGGUUGGUAUACUUUUAUUCAAUACAAUUCUGAACGUUGUAGUAAAUACGAGAGACUAGAGUACAUAUUGAGUUUUCCGAUGCUUUUGAUGUUCGAUCACGUUUAAGAGUAAAUGUUAGUGUUAAAAUUAAUAUUAAUAUGUUUGAUAUCAUUGAAU